AUGCUCGACCCACAGAACCUAUACAUCUCGGAGGGGACGCUCACCGAACUUGAGGCGCUGUACCUACGGCAUUCUAACGACCCGCUCCUUCUGCCUACCGUCAUCGAACGCCUCCCCAAAACUGUCCUUCGCUACAUUCAUGUGUUGGAGCGUCGAGUCAAUGCGAGGACGCAACUCGAACGCGACUUCUUCGAUAACGUUUACAGGCAACUUAAGCAGGCGAUGAUCGAUAUCCCCAGGGCCCGCAAUAUUUUGCUAAUCACGUUCCCGAGGUCGACAGAGACCGGGGAGAAUUUGUGGAAGGUCUUUCUCCAUUACUUCUUGGUGGUUCACCUCACGGACCAGGUCGUGAGCUUUGUCGCAGAUAGACUACUGGACGAACCUACUGUGACGCGGUGGACGAGUGAUGGAGUGAGCUACCUUGCGUACCUGUAG